AUGGCAUGCUCGCCCCAAAUACCUCCUCCCACACAUUCGAGCAAGCCGAGUUUUGCAACAUCAGUCGAUACAUUUCUUAGCAGUGACAACGCCUGGAAUUGGAAGAGAUUUUCUGCUAAUGCGGACAUUGAAGCUCAACAAAACCCACGAAGAAGGUUUGCCUCAAUACGAUAUCUCAUUCUCAACAUCUACCGCCGCCUAUUUUCUCUGGUUUACUGCGCUAAUGCGGUCGCAUUUAUUAUCAUUAUGGUGGAGGGCCGACCGAAUCCUCUUGCAUUUGUGAACGCAGCGGGCAUCAAUUUGCUAGUAUGCGGUCUUGCACGACACCCGCUAGUGGUGAAUGCCAUCUUUCUGAGCAUCUGCCGCAUCCCACAGUCGGCCCCUCUCAUGCUGCGCAAGAGGGCAGCAGAAGCAUAUUGCUAUGGUGGAGUCCACAGCGGAUGCGGCGUGGCAGCGUUUUUAUGGUUUGUCGGCCUCGUGGCCCUGAUGUCACGAGAAUAUUGGAUUAAUCAAGACUCGGGGAUGGUUUCAACCCCCGUGAUUGUCCUAUCUUAUGUUUUACUCGUCGUUCUCAUCACUAUCAUUGUGGUUGCAUAUCCUACGUUCCGAACGAAAAGACAUGACUAUUUCGAACUCACGCACCGGUUCUCCGGAUGGUUGGCAGUAGCUCUUUUCCUGACUCUCCUGUUGGUCUUCUCUGAUCAAGCCCGACACGAGCAAGGCUUGUCCCUCGGACAAUACCUGCUCGAGCUCCCAGCGUUUUGGUUCGUCCUGGUCAUCAUCGUCUCCAUCGUCCAUCCCUGGCUCCUUCUACGCCAGGUGCAAGUUUUGCCCGAGUAUCUCUCACCACAUGCUAUACGACUCCACCUCGAUCACACAUCUACUGCAUUCGGCAAAGUAAUAGCACUCUCCGAGCACCCAUUCCGGGAUUGGCACAGCUUUGCAACUUUCCCUGAUCCCAAUGGCAGGAGCUUUUCUUGCAUAGUAUCCAAGGCAGGCGACUGGACAACCCGAUGUAUCGAUCAGCAACCAACCAAGCUGUGGAAGCGCGGAGUGCUCAUGUACGGCUUUAUCCAUGUGAUGCGAGUUUUUCGCAGGGUGGUUGUGGUUGCCACGGGAUCUGGGAUAGGGCCAUGUCUCUCCUUUUUGAGCGAGAAGAACCGCCCGCCUCUGCGGGUCAUCUGGCAGACGCGGAAUCCGAACAGAACGUACGGUGGUGACGUCCUCAACCUCGUGCGGCAGCUUGACCCUAGCCCGCUUCUCAUUGAUACCGGCAACAGCGGGCGAGUGGAUAUGUUGCCGGUUAUCCAAGAAACCUUUCGGGAAUUUGACGCGGAAGCUGUGUGUGUGAUCAGCAACCCGCGGCUCACGCAAAAACUCGUCUUUGAGCUCAAGGCAAGUGGAGUGCCCGCUUUUGGACCAAUCUUCGACUCUUAA